AACAGUCCUUGGAUCAGAUGUCAGACUUUUAGUUUUUAUCAGAAAAAACAGUAUUAGCACCCUCCACUCAAAAACAAAAAACACAAAAAAAUUGGAAAAUUUUAAUUGAAAAAUUCUGGUAAAAAAUUAAAGACGAGCUUUUUGGAAAUGUUUUGGGCUACCCUCAGCAAAGCCUUCACCAGGCGACAGAACUCCUCGGCAUCGGGAUCUGGUGGUCCACCAAAGAAGCCAUCGGGAUCCAGUGAUGCGCCAAAGCCACCGGGAUCUGGUUUUCCGCCAAAGCCGCCGGGACCAAAGAAGCCACCAAAGAAAAAGGUCGAGUGCAAGACUCGGACGAUGUGCAAUCCAGCUGCGUACUGCGCCGAGUCCGAAAAGUUCGUCUCCAUGUGGGAGCCCCCGAAGAACCGCCGCAAGCCGUAUCCCUUCGUGGUCAGACGCUCCAAUGAGCUCUGCUGCGAACCCAACUGCACCAAGCCGCUGCCCUCGUUCGAUGAGCUCUACUACUGGCCCUCGUGCAAGGACAGGCAAUACCCGCGGCACUGGGUGGAGUGCCCGCAGUUUAUGAUGCGCGUGAAGAAGGUCUGCGCCUACGACAAGCUGGAGGCCCUCUCCCCGGCCCGUCGCUCUGAUCCUCGGCGCGAACGUGUCGUGGGCCAGUCGAAUCUAUCUGGAUGCUGCCCCCAUCUGGCGCAGCUGGCCCGCUGCAUAAAGGGCCGUAAGCCCCCGUCAUGCUUCAAGGCCAAGACGCCCUCUUGCUGCCGCAAGCUGUGCGCUCCCGUGCCCUCCUGGUCCGAGUGCAAGAAGCCUCCGCUGGCCAAGAAACCAAGCCGUCCGCUCGAGUGCGAGUGCAAGCGGGCCAUUAGUCUGUGCGAGGUGGAACGUGGUCGCGUGUACGCUCUGAAGUAUGGAGAGAACCAUGUGUGUCCUGCCGCGAUCAGGAAGUACAAGGAGAGGCUGGCCAAAGAAGCCAAGAAGGGGAAAAAGGGCAAGCACGGAAAACGGAAGAAUAAAUCGACCAAGGAUGCCAUAAGGGAUAUAUGUAGGAAAAGCAAGAAAGACCGCAAGAAACCAAAGAAAGGCGCCCAAAAAAAAAAAAAAUAAAUUCUAAAUCUAGUUAUACAUUUCGACGACUUGACUGGAUGACCGCUAUAGCCAAAUGGCUUUACAACUAAAAUUCCCCGGAGUUUCCAUUAAAUGGAAGACCU